AUGCACAUAGUUGACUACGUUGUGAAAGUGGGUUUCGGAACACCGGCAACAUAUGUCUCCCUUGUUAUGGACACUGGUAGUGAUCUAGCAUGGACUCAAUGUAAGCCAUGCUCACGGUCACAGUGCUAUAAACAAGCAGAACCAAUCUACAAUUACACGAAUUCCAAGUCUUAUUCUAACAUUCUUUGCAAAUCGCCUCUAUGUAAGAAUUCGACCGUUAAUUUUCUUUGUGCUCAAAAUAAAGUGUGUAUUUAUCAAGUUUUAUAUGCUGAUCAAACAUUUUCAUCGGGGUUCUUCUCAAAAGAAAAGCUGACAUUGUCGCCUUCUAAAGUGAUCAAAAAUUUUCAAUUUGGGUGUGGCCAAAGCAAUAUGUUUGCCGGUGAUGUCCGCGUAGCUGGAAUCCUUGGACUCGGCCGAGGUAUAACUUCUAUAGUGUCACAAACAGCUUUUGAAUAUAACAAGGUUUUCUCUUAUUGCCUUCCAUCUUCAAUAAACACCGUGGGUUACCUUACAUUUGGAAAGACUGAUAAGGUACCUCCUAACACAAGGUUCACACCCAUCCUAACAAAACCAAAUUGGAGAAUCCAAUUUUACUUCGUCCAGUUGGUAGCUGUAGGAGUUGGGGGAAAAAAAUUAACCAUCGAUUCAGGAGUUUUUUCAAAGGGAACCACCAUUAUAGACUCUGGAACUACCCUCACUUCUCUAUUUCCAAAGGUCUAUGCUGCCCUUGGAACAGCUUUUCAAAAGGCCAUGUCCAAACAUAAAUAUCCUAAAACUCAAAGUUACUCCUUACAACUAGACACAUGCUACGACCUUAGCAAAAACAAGACAGUAAUCUUGCCCAAGAUUAGCCUUUUGUUUAAGUCCGGAGCUGAACUAAACGUAGACCCAAGUGGGAUCCUUGUGUCCCCAGGGAACAGGAAGUCGCAAAUGUGCUUGGCUUUUGUUGAUAGCAGAAACUCCAAUCUUGGGAUCAUCGGAAGCACUCAACAGAAGACACAUACUGUAACCUAUGAUGUUGUCGGGAAAAGACUUGGGCUCACUCCAGGUGGAUGCAAUUAA